AUGUACGUGAAUAGCAGUAAGGAGAGGGAAGGAAAAGCAGAGGGCGCUGCGAUUGGUCCUCGCAUGUGGCGACGUCGUCGAUUGCUCUUUGCGUGCGCUCUGAGCGCGGAGUUUGGUGAGGAUGGGUGGCAGCCGUUUGAAUUCAAAAGUGAAGGGUGUGGCGCGGUGAUAUACGCACAAUACCAUCUUGAGAGUGUUCGGCUCUGGGAGCGAGCGUAUCGGGACUCCGGGGUUCCGCCGCCCUGUUCCCUUCCUUUGCCCUCCCUUUGCGUGUGUGGGACAGAGCUGGACAUGGAACUACAGAGGCGUCCCCUGUUGGAAGUGAAAGAAAACAAGGCUUCUCACCUGCCUCUCUCAGCAAGCAGGCUCAAGAGGAAGCUUGACCAGGUAGAGAAUGACUUAAUGGAGCCUGAGAAGAAACGGAUACGAAACCUGGAUACGAAACCAGUGACCAGAAUUACCACAUCUCGCACCAGAGCACCACGUCACUCUACGGUGCCACAGACACAAGGCCAGACUGCAGCUCAGAAAGUUCCCAAGAAAACAGCACCUCAGUACUCUACUUCCAUUGCCACAGGGUCAAAGGGCAAGAAGCCAGUCUCUGCUGUUUCUACCCAGAAGCCUGAUACGGGAGGGAAGAAAUUCAGCAAACGUCCUGCCUGGGACUUAAAGGGUCGUUUAGGUGACCUUACUGUAGAGCUUAAACGCUACCGUGAGAGAACUCAAACAUUGGACCAGGAGAACCAGCAACUGCGGGCCCAGCUCAAAGAAGCUAACCAACAGGUCCAGGCCCUGGGGGAAAAACGGAAGACACUGGAAGAGGAGUUAACCAAGGUACAAGCCCAAGCAGAGCAAGGCCAACAAGAGUUGGAGAACCUGAGUACCCGUGUCAUGGAGCUGGAAGAACGGCUAGGCACACAGGAGGGCUUGGUUCAGGAGCUCCAGAAAGAACAGUUGGAAUUGCAGGAGGAGCGGAGGGGACUAACUCUGCGGCUGGAAGAGCAGGAGAGAAGGUUGCAGGCAUCGGAAAUGGCUCUGUCAAGCAGCCAGGCAGAGGUGACAUCUCUGCGCCAGGAAACUGCAGCCCAGGCGGCUUUACUGGCUGAGCGAGGAGAACGUCUUCAUGGGCUAGAGAUGGAGCGCCGGCGACUUCACAAUCAGCUACAAGAACUCAAGGGCAAUAUCCGUGUAUUUUGCCGGGUUCGCCCGGUACUUCCAGGAGAACCCAGCCCGUCCCCUGGCCUCCUCCUCUUUCCUGCUGGUCCUGGUGGGCCUUCAGAUCCUCCAACACGCCUCAGCCUCUCCCGGUCUGAUGAACGGCGUGGAACACUGAAUGGGGCACCAGCCCCCUGUACCCGCCACGAGUUUUCCUUUGACCGGGUAUUCCCACCAGAAAGUGGACAAGAAGAAGUAUUUGAAGAAAUUGCCAUGCUUGUCCAGUCAGCCCUGGAUGGCUACCCAGUAUGCAUCUUUGCUUAUGGCCAGACAGGCAGUGGCAAGACCUUCACCAUGGAGGGUGGGCAUGGGGGAGACCCUCAGGAAGAAGGGCUGAUCCCCCGGGCUCUACGACACCUCUUCUCUAUGACCCAGGAGCUACGUGAACAAGGCUGGACAUACAGCUUUGUGGCAAGCUAUGUAGAGAUUUACAAUGAAACUGUCCGAGACCUGCUGGCCAUUGGUACCCGGAAAGGCCAGGCGGGUGAGUGCAAGAUUCGCCGGGCUGGGCCAGGGAGUGAAGCACUUACCGUCAGCAAUGCUCGAUACGUCCCUGUCUCCUGUGAGAAAGAGGUAGAGGCUUUGCUCCAUCUGGCCCAUCAGAACCGUGCGGUAGCUUGCACAGCUCACAAUGAGAGAUCAUCACGCAGCCAUAGUGUGUUCCAGCUGCAGAUCACUGGGGAGCACACUAGCCGCGGUCUGCAAUGUGUGGCCCCCCUCAACCUGGUAGACCUAGCUGGGAGUGAGCGGCUGGACCCCAGCUUAGCCCUCGGUACUGAGGAUCGGGAACGACUUCGGGAAACUCAAGCCAUUAACAGCAGCCUGUCUACUCUGGGGCUGGUCAUCAUGGCCCUAAGCAACAAGGAAUCCCAUGUGCCCUACAGGAACAGCAAGCUCACCUACCUGCUACAGAAUUCCCUGGGAGGCAGUGCUAAGAUGCUUAUGUUUGUGAACAUUUCACCCCUAGAAGAAAACAUCUCUGAGUCACUCAACUCCCUACGUUUUGCCUCCAAGGUGAACCAAUGUGUUAUUGGUACUGCCCAGGCCAACAGGAAAUGA